AUGCUUGGCCUUCAAGUCAACCUCAGCUCGCUGCUGGAGCCUCUUGGCUUCAUUAAGGUGCUUGAGUGGAUUUUUUCCAUCUUUGUUUUUGCCAGCUGUGGAGUUUAUAAAGGUACAACUACAAUUUUAGUUUCUUGUAAAGGUGUUGUGAACAAAACAGUUACAGCUGCUUUUGCUUAUCCAUUCAGGUUGAAUACAGCUGUGUUUAGUGCACCAGAUCCAACACGAUGCAGUGGCACUUGGACUGACUUUCACCUUGUGGGCAACUUCUCCUCUUCUGCACAGUUCUUUGUUACUUUUGCAGUCUUGGUAUUCCUUUACUGUAUUGCCGCCCUUGUACUAUAUGUUGGGUACAUGCACCUGUAUCGAAACACUGGCAAAAUCCCAUUGAUUGACUUGGUUAUUACUGUCAUGGUUGCUUUUCUGUGGCUGGUUAGCACUUCAGCCUGGGCUAAGGCACUUACUGAUAUAAAAAUAUCUACCGGUCCCAGCAUUGUUCAGGAAAUUGCAUCUUGCAAAUUACCAGGAUCAACUUGUUUGUUUGCUUCUGUUACCGGCAUGGGAACUCUAAAUAUGUCUGUGGUUUCUGGAUUACUUAACAUGAUUCUGUGGGGAGGAAAUGUUUGGUUUGUAUACAAGGAGACCAGCUUGCAUAACCCAUCAAACUCAACUCCCCGAAGCUCAGGAAUCUAUCCACCACCAACAGGAAUAUAA